GACGGGGGCUGGUCUGAAGAUCAGGAAGGAGUGUUACAGACGUCAACCAAUCAACCUGAAGUUGCACAAUCAAAAGAGUCUUUUGAAUGUGAGCAGUGUGGAAAGGCCUUUCCAAAGAUGUUUUCUCUCGUGCAGCACAAACGUGUGCAUUCAAUCGUGAGGCCGCACAGUUGUGAAAAGUGUGGAAAGAAAUUCACACUGCAGAGAGCGCUAGAGACUCACCUACGCAAACACACGCAGAAGCUUGAAAAGAAGAAAUUUCCCUGCGCUACUUGCGGAAAGAGCUUCAGAGAUCUCGCAGCGCACAAACUGGUCCAUGCGGAAGUCAAACCAUUUACCUGUGAAAUAUGCGGACAAGGAUUCACAAUCAAAAGAAGUUUAUACAUGCACCAGAGGGUGCACACGGGCGAAAAACCAUACAGAUGCGACACCUGUGGAAAGUGUUUCCCCUUGAUUGGCACGUUGAACUACCACAAGAGAAUUCAUUCAAACGACAGGCCGAUAAAAUGCAGCCACUGCAAUAAGAGCUUCAGAUACCAUAAACUUUUGAAACACCACCUCCGUGUGCACACGGGCGAGAGGCCACAUACAUGUGACAUCUGUGGGAAAAGCUUUGCGCUUUCCGGGACUCUAAAACGCCACAUCCUCAUUCACACCGGCGAUAAGCCGUACGUCUGCGAGGUGUGCGGAAGAAGAUUCAACCAGAGAAGCACUCUAAAAGGCCACAUGCGAGUUCACGGAGAAAAGCGGUUUAUGUGUGAAAUGUGCGGGAAAACGUUCCAGUAUAAUUACAUCCUGAGGAACCACAUUCUUACACACAAUCAGAUUGGAAAUGCAAGUGAUAAAAGUAACACUCAGCGCUGCGAUGUGUGUGGGAAGUUCCUGAGCUCUGCCUACGCAUUAAAAGCUCACUUGCAACUGCAUUCGGACAACAGCAAACCUUACACGUGCACGUUAUGUGACCGAAGGUACAGCAGCGUACAUUCCCUCCAGAUGCACGAGCAGCUUCACACGGGAGAGAAACCUUUCAAGUGCGAGAUCUGUGGUAAGGACUUUUCUCUGAGGGCUACGUAUAAAACCCAUUUGUUUCUGCAUUCAGGAGAAAGACCUCACAAAUGUGUAUUGUGUGGGAAAAGAUUCAAGCUGUCGAGCUCUUUGAAGAUGCAUAUACGCACUCAUACUGGUGAAAAACCGCACAAGUGUGAAACGUGUGGGAAGGCGUUUCAUUUAUCGGCCAAUUUGAAAAGGCACAGGCUCGUGCACACCGGGGAAAAGCCGUUUACCUGUGACAUUUGUUUGAAGAGUUUCACACAGCCAAACAAUUUGAAGGCACACAUGCACAUUCACACUGGUAAAAAGCCCCACACAUGCACUAAGUGUUGGAAAAGUUUUGCCUAUCAGAGAAAUUACAAAGAUCACAAAUGCACUCCACUUUGAGAGAUUUCAGACGGCUGAACUUGUGUCUGCCUACAGGUCCUUGGAUUUAAUGUAGGAUUGUAAAUAAUUUUGUAAAAAAGUUACAAGAAAUG